AUGAGCCUGACCUCGCGAGUGUUCGGUCUGUUUUCGACAACGGCAACUUCGGACCCUUCGACCAGUGAUCCUCCCACUUCUAUCCCUCACACGCCAUUUGUAACGCAUAAUGAGAUAGCCGUCGGUACCGUCCGCCAUGCGCGGGACAGAGAUGUGCUAGAGGACGAAGAAGAGCCCCGUCCGCCGUACCUACAUGCAAUGUUGGCUGGAGGAAUUGGAGGUACAUGCGGUGAUAUGUUAAUGCAUUCGUUGGAUACCGUCAAGACCAGGCAACAAGGCGACCCGACCUUUCCUCCGAAAUACACAUCCAUGACCUCGUCCUAUGCAACCAUCUAUCGCCAGGAAGGAUUUUUACGAGGGUUAUAUGGUGGUGUGAUCCCCGCAUUUUGGGGUUCCUUCCCAGGAACGGUCACCUUUUUCGGCGUGUACGAGUUCACCAAACGUGUGAUGCUCGAUCACGGAAUCAAUCCCAACAUUGCCUAUCUCUCCGGUGGUUUCUUUGCCGACUUGGCUGCGUCGAUUGUUUAUGUGCCUUCGGAGGUGCUCAAGACCCGGCUCCAGUUGCAGGGCCGAUACAACAAUCCUUUCUUCCGUUCGGGAUACAACUACCGCAGCACCACCGAUGCAUUCCGAACGAUCGUGCGCCAAGAAGGUGUGUCAGCCCUGUUUCACGGAUACAAGGCCACUAUUUUCCGAGACUUGCCAUUUUCUGCUCUGCAAUUCGCCUUUUAUGAACAAGAACGAAACUUAGCUAAAGAAUGGGUUGGUCAGCGGGAUAUUGGGUUGGGUCUGGAAAUCCUCACCGCAGCGACGGCUGGCGGUAUGGCUGGUGUGAUUACCUGUCCGUUGGAUGUGGUGAAGACGCGUAUUCAAACCCAGCAAAAUCCUCCGGUAAACCCCACUGGAUCAUCUGGAGCCAAACACAGCGGUGAUCAUACCCCGAAAGAAAGUCCUCGACCACAUGCUCCUGGAUCAUCCCAUUCAUCCUCGAAAACACACACGCGACCGAUCUCCACGUCCUCCCCAUCUACAUCAGUUGCACCCCCUGGUGCGCCACGAUUAGAUACAUCAUCCGUAUUCACGGGUUUGAAGAUGAUCUACCGCACAGAGGGGCUUGCGGGGUGGUUCCGCGGCGUGGGUCCACGCGGCGUGUGGACCAGCAUCCAAUCUGGAACGAUGUUGGUCAUGUACCAAUACUUACUUAAACAAAUCGAGGCUUACCAGGGCCUGGAAGGCUCAUCUCUGUGA